CGUCCGCGCCAGGGCGGGAGCGCGCCCCCCCCCGCAGCGAUGCGGCGGCCAUGCCGGCGAACCGCGCCGCCGCAUCGCUGGCGGCGCUGCCGCUCGCGAGGGCGCGUGGCCGCGAGGGCGGCCAGUGCCGGGACCGCUUCGAGGCGCCCGCUCAGGGCAGCAGGGCGGUGGACCUGAACGGCGUGCGGCUGCCCGACGUGUGCAUCAACGGCACGGGGCCGACGGGGGCCUACGAGGUGUUCGUCAUCGGGGACUGGGGCGGGCACAGGGUGCACGGCCAUGCGGCCGUCACCGCGGCGGACCACCGAAAGAGCGGCGUGCACAAGCGCGACUUCGUCACUGGUCUGGACGACUUCCCGCAGCAGCGGGUCGCCGCUGCCAUGGGGAAGCGAGCGAUGUGGGUGGACCCGGACUACGUGAUAAACGUCGGGGACAAUUUCUACCCAGUUGCCUGCGACAGACCCGCCACCCCGCGCCAGCGCAGCCUCAGAUCGCAGCCAGCGGGGGGGCCGAGGUGUCGAUGGCACGUGGCGGGUUGGGCGGGUGUGGAUCAGGAGUGCUGCACAACGCACGGCGAGAACAAUUUCAGCAGCCAGUGGGAUGAUAUCUUCGAGGCAAUGUACACUGGGACAGGACUUGACGGGAAGCAGUGGCUGGGUGUGCUCGGUAACCACGAUUACGGCGGUUUUAUGUUCACGAGCGCUUGGGACCAGGCCAUCAAGUAUACUUGGAGGCAUUCGGUGGGGAACCUCGGCCGGUGGAUGACCCCGGCACUGUUUUGGAGCACCACGGUGCGAUAUCCAGAUUUCUCCGUCGAUUAUUUCUUCAUGGAUUCCAACAUUUUCGACGCAGAGGACCCCUACACGGACAUUCAUCACAAUAUAUGCAGCAUUGCACACAACGCGAUCAACGCAACUUGCGAGGCCGAAGGAGGUCCAGAGAGCACGACAGAUUGUCCAGGCUGGUUCCAACGUUUGUGGGACGAGCAGAGUGAGUGGUUAGAGUGGCAGCUCUCCGCUUCCGACACGACCUGGCAGAUUGUGGUGACGCAUUUCCCUCCGUCGUUUGGUGAGAGUUUUUGGAAGCACGUUUCAGCAAAGUACGGCAUCGAUCUGAUUAUUACUGGUCAUUUGCACCGCCAGGAAAUUCACGUCGAAGACGCCGAUGAUUUUCUUUACCCUACCGGCUGGGUAGUGUCUGGCGGCGGCGGCGGAGUCACGUCCGAUUGGCCGCCUAGCACAGAAGGUGACGACUCUUAUGGCUUCAUGCACUUGACCCUGUCGAAGAAUAGCAUUACCGUGCGAAACGUCGACCAUCUCGGCAACGACACGCACGUGGCAGUCGUCCAGCAGCGGAAAAGGUCCGAGCGGGCCAAUGCGGGCCAUCAGCGGGAUAAUGUCAUUGGAAAGCCGUGGAAGGAUGUGAAGGCGGCCAGGGGGCGGCCCCACAGCGCCAGCGCCCCUCUACCAGGCGAUGGCGGUGGGGGCGUCGAUGGUGCAGCGAGAGCCGUGCUGAACUGGCUGGGCUUCGCGGUGUUCGCGACUUGGGUGUUGUGGCUCGUGCUGUGUAAGACCAGCACUGCUCGCGUGAGCGUCAUGGACGGCGGCGCGUUCCCGAGAGCCGUGAGGACGUUCCACAAGAAUUGA